AUGGAUGGGGUGUCUGGAGGUGUGGGUACUCCCAGUAGUGGCGGGGGUUCAGGGUGUGACAGCCUCCCCAGGCGUACCAGAGGGGACUCGAAGCGGCGCAGUAAGGGCAGCCUGCCCUCCCCGGGGUACAGGCUGUCCCAGGCCUCCCUGGAGGGGGAGAGGGGCUGCUUCGUGGGGGACAGCACUUCCUUAGGUGGACGCGCUCGUCGCCUCUCCAUCAUGAGCUCCUCCAACAGGGACGGACUUUCCUUCCGCACAGCUAGCACCCCAACCACCCCGGUGCCCCUUCCUCCCCCGCCCUCUUCCUCCUCAGCCCAUCCUCCUCCUCGCUCAGUGGGCUUUGCCGCCUCCCGUGCCGCCCUGCCCUCCACCUCUUCAACCGGGACCGGAGUGAUGGUGGUGGCCACCGGCCCAGAGACCACCACCACCACCACGUGCAACACCACUGCAGCAGGGACCCCUGACUUGAUGGGGCAGUGUGGACUGGGUGGGUUUGGCUUGGGCCUGGAUGGGGAGGACUACAGCACCUCCAACCAGAGCACCUUCAUCCAGAGACAGUUUGGAGCCAUGCUGCAGCCCGGGGUCAACAAGUUCAGUCUGCGCAUGUUUGGGUCCCACAAAGCUGUGGCACUGGAGCAGCAGAGACUGAAAUCAGCAGGGUCCUGGAUCAUACACCCUUACAGUGACUUCAGAUUCUACUGGGACCUGUUGAUGCUGAUGUUGAUGAUGGGAAACUUAAUCAUCCUGCCAGUGGGCAUCACUUUCUUUAGAGAGGAGAACACUCCCUCGUGGAUCAUCUUCAACGUCGUCUCCGACACUCUCUUCAUGGUCGACUUGGUUCUCAACUUCAGGACCGGCAUCAUCAAAGAGGACAACACUGAGAUAUUGCUGGACCCCAGGGCGAUUCGCCAGAAAUAUCUGAAGAACUGGUUCCUCGUGGACUUUGUGUCCUCCAUCCCGGUGGACUACAUCUUUCUGAUGGUGGACAGUCUGGACUCCGAGGUCUACAGGACGGCCAGGGCGCUGCGCAUCGUCCGCUUCACCAAAAUCCUGAGCCUGCUUCGACUGCUCCGCCUGUCCCGACUCAUCCGCUACAUCCAUCAGUGGGAGGAGAUCUUCCACAUGACCUAUGACCUUGCCAGUGCCAUGGUGAGGAUCGUGAAUCUGAUCGGGAUGAUGCUGCUGCUGUGCCACUGGGAUGGCUGUCUGCAGUUCCUCGUCCCCAUGCUGCAGGACUUCCCUCCUGACUGCUGGGUUUCCAAGAAUCUGAUGGUGAAUGACUCAUGGGGCCUCCAGUACUCCUAUGCUCUAUUCAAAGCCAUGAGCCACAUGUUGUGUAUUGGGUACGGAGCACAGGCUCCAGAAGGGAUGACUGAUGUGUGGCUCACCAUGCUCAGCAUGAUCGUAGGGGCCACCUGCUACGCCAUGUUCAUCGGACACGCCACCGCUCUCAUCCAGUCUCUGGACUCCUCGAGGCGACAGUACCAAGAAAAGUACAAGCAGGUGGAGCAGUACAUGUCGUUCCAUAAACUUCCUGCAGAUGUGCGUCAAAAGAUCCACGAAUACUAUGAGCACCGCUUCCAGGGGAAGAUGUUUGACGAGGAGAACAUCCUUGGAGAACUCAGCGAGCCACUGAAAGAGGAGAUAGUCAGCUUUAACUGCCGGAGCCUGGUGGCUAACAUGCCGCUGUUUGCCAACGCCGAUCCCAACUUUGUGACAGCAGUGCUGAUCAAGCUCCACUUUGAAGUGUUUCAGCCUUCAGACUUCAUUAUCCGCGAGGGCACAGUGGGACGGAAGAUGUAUUUCAUCCAGCAUGGGCGAGUUGGUGUGCUGACCCGCGGCAACAAAGAAACCAAGCUGAGUGAUGGCUCUUACUUUGGAGAGAUCUGUCUGUUGACUCAUGGACGGAGGACAGCCAGCGUCCGUGCAGAUACAUACUGUCGCCUGUACUCGCUCAGUGUGGACAACUUUAACGAGGUGCUGGAGGAACAUCCCAUGAUGCGUCGUGCCUUUGAAACUGUCGCUGUUGACAGAUUGGACCGAAUCGGCAGGAAGAACUCUAUGCUUCUGCGGAAGUCGUCGCAGGGCGGUUCUCUGGGGGGCAGUAUGGGUCGUGGAGGCCGGGGUGGAGGGGGUCCAGGAACCAGGGGAGGUCUGGGCUCCUGUGACAGCAUGCUGGUGCAGCAGAUUGUCAAACACGACAGCAUGCCGGCGAUGCAGGAUGCCAUUGCGGCCGCUGCUGCAGGAAGAAGCGGAGUCAUGGGAAGAAGUGGCUCGGUGUCUCCUCGGCCGCGCCCGGUCAUCUGGGCUCCGCUGGUCAACGCCCCCCUGCAGGCGGCUGCUGCCACCAGUAAUGUAGCCAUCGCCCUCAUGCACCAGCAGCAACAGCAACAGCAGCUGCAGCAGCUGCAGCAGCAGCAUGCACUGGGAGGGGCUUUCUUCUUGCCUUCACCUCUUGUGUCUCCCUCUCCGUCCUCUACCUUUUCUUUGUCUACCCCUCGUCCUCCUGUGUUACAGCCCCUCCGCCCGUCUGUGAGCUCUCUCAUCGGCAUGAUGACUCUGGGAGGGAUGGGAGGAAUAGGAGGAAUGGGUGGAAUGGGAGGGAUGGGAGGGAUGGGAGGAAUGGGUGGUUUGUCCCCCAGAGGAUUUCCUGCCUCUCCCUCGACCAUGGGCCCUCCUGGUGGGUUGACCUCGCCCCCGAUUGCCAAAACUCCACCCAUACCAGCAUCCUCUGUCCCAGCAUCUGUCCAACCAGGCAGGACUCUUCAUACCAGCCUCCGCCUCCAAGCUGAUCAUCCCUCAAUGAUUGCUGGAUCACUAGGAACCCCGACAGGUGGAGGGACACUGACUCCACCUCUCCAUAAAGUACCUGCCGCCAACCCCCCUGCUGCUUAUAGAGCCCCGUCAGACGGCAACACUUUUAUGAUGGGCCACCAGGGGGCAAAGGAAGCUUUGUUACGUCAUGGAGGAACCAGCUCUCAGGGUCUGCCGGCACUGGGCAGACUCACCCAGGAGGCCAGGCUGCUGUCGGCCUCGCAGCCCACCCUGCCUCACCGCUCCUGGGUUGGAGUGCAGCCUCACCCCCCUCUCCACAGGAAGGCCUCUGGUGGUAAUUUGCUGGCGGCUCCUUUCCUGGCAGGGCAGUUAGCCAGGGGAGGCAGUGCAGGCAUGCUGACCUCAAACACUCCAGUACAGCUAGUGACACAUAUUCCAUUCAACGCACACACACACACACACGCUCAGGCUGCAUUUCCUAUUCAGCCUGCCUUAGCACAGUAUCUGCCCACACAGGCUGCCCCUCACAGCACCGCUGUACCUGCAGCCGCACACAAGCCUGCAGCUCCCCUAACAUAUUCCUCCCCUCCAAAGCAGACCCCUCUCUCUUCUCCCACCCCCUCCUCUUCUCCCACCCCCUCUUCACCUACACCUAUACCCCCUCCUACACCGCGCCCUAAACCAAUCUCAAUGACACACUCUGGCUCCUUCUCUCCUCCUCGCAGCUCCACCCCUCCUUUAGCAAACCCGCUGUCGCUCUCCUCAACUCCUCGUCCCAAACCAAUCCCUACAUCUUCUCCCCGCUCGUCCUCUCCCUCUCCCUCCUCCACACCGCCCCCAUCUUCUGUUUCUACCCCUAUCCCACCACCUCAAACCUAUGGGCCAAAGUCAUCUUUCACCUCCUCCUCUCCCCCAUCCUCCUUAAUCACCUCUAUCCCACCUCGUCCCCAGAGCCCCCGAGCCAAGGCGUCCAACACGCCUCCUUCUGCUUCUCCAUUGUCUGGCCCAAGUCCCACACAAACUCCAAUCCCUUCUCCGAUACUAACACCCACUCAGACUACCCGUACACGCACUUCUACCCCCGCCCAAACACCUACACAGACCCUUAGUCCUACUCCUUCCCAUUCUCCGGUUCCUGUGACACCUGUCCCCUCUGUAAGUAAAUCCCUGAGUCCAACUCCUUGUCUCCAGCCCUCAAUCUCCAGCUCAGCUAGAGGCCCCAACCAGGGCCAGAUCCCCAAACAGACCCCAACACAAACUGCAUUGUCUGCCCCGACACCAGCUAGCGUUAGCUCUCCACGUAAAAUAACUUUCUCAGUUCAUCCUGUGCAGCAAACCUCUCCUGUCCUUACUCCAAGCCCAACUUAUGUCUCUGGUCAUUCGACCAAACCAAUCCCGGGGACAACAUCAUCCUCAUCGUGUCCAAACUCGAGCUCCACUAAGCCUUCAUCUCUGACCUCCUCUGGUAUCCAUUGUGCCUCUUCUCCCGUCCUAAAACAAAUAUCAACCCCAACAGCUGCCCCUACCCACUCCACAAAACUCAAUACCCCCUCUAUUCCUGCCGCUCAGGCUUCCACCACCUCAUCCACCCAGUCAGCACAUGCAGCCCCCCUUGCAAAGGCCACUGCUCCUAAAGGUGGGAAAAAAGACCCUCCGCAUUCAUUGCCUGAAAAGACUAAGAGGAACUAAGACACAAAAGGCCCGCUGCUGAUAAGCAGAGCCAUUGAUAUACAGAGUGGUGUCACCAGACAUCAAAUAUGUCAAGUGGACAAGUACAUCUUUUGCAUAUACUCUAUGUGAUUGUCUUAGAACAUCAGGGGUUCAUGUGACUCUCGACCCAAGCCAUCGAUGGAAGAGAGAAGAGUUUAUUGGUGAUUUAAAAGGUUGGCCCAGGCAACGGUAGAGUCUGAUCGAAUCCAUCCCAAUGUACAAUACAUACAUAUCUGUGUUAGUGAUUGUUGGAGCAAGCAGGGGAGCUGAAGUGAAAAUGAUAUGGAAGCAAUAGCUGAAAUAAAAAAAAUCUCCAUUUAUUUGACAAUGGAAAAAGCAAUAUGUGUGAAACAUUUUAGGCUCCCUUAAUGUGACAGGAAAUGAAUUUGAGAAAAUAAUAAUCUCUCUGCUAUUGGUAUUAAAGUCCAUCUUGGUGACGGUUUUAAAUGCAGGACACUUUCUGGUUUCCAGCUCCAACUCCCUCUUGCCUCCCAUUCUGCACCAAAGUGUAAUAUUUUAUCAUCCAAAUAAUAAUAAUGAUAAGAGAUUAAAAAUCACUGUUAAGACGAUGCUCAUAUGAAUUGGAUUCAAUAGGAGCAGUCCACUGGUAGUUUUGUUGUCACAAGUGUGUGGUGUUUAGUUUUUGAUCAAAACAAAACUUUUAAACCUACAAGAUUUUUCUAUAAUGUGUUUAUUUGUUUGUGGCAGACAAUCUUGCUCUGCACCGUGGCUCACUUUAUUUCUAUUCCAUCCUGCUCCAUGAACUGUAAAUACGUGCCUCUCUUUGGGUCUGUUGUAAGCUUCAUCACUCUUCAGCCUCUCUGUCUUUCAUCUCUUCUCUGUCUCGCCGCCUUUCAUCUGAUUUUCACAGCCGUGGUCACUAAAUGCUUCGCUGGCUCUCACAGAUUCUCUCCCUUUCUCUCGGUGUACCCAACACUUGCUCUGUGUGGCAAUCAGCCUCACGUUCAAAUGGCUCUUUCUUCUGUCGUCCUACAACACUUUUUCAGCAACCUUUUCAGUGAUGUUUGAUGUUUUGUGUGAGUAGCAACAAGACAUUUCUGUCUUAACCCCUGAUACCAUGUUGCCUAGACAAUAUAUUAAAGGACCAAAUGUUUUAUUUUUUAUUUAUUACAGCUUUAGCUUUAAAACAGAAAAUAAAUAGCUAUUAAUGCUGAAUUAAAGAUGCGUGGUGUUUAAGGUAAUGAUUAGGAUUACAUUCUUGACAACCAUAACGGCAAUGAUGAAGGUGUAUAUUUGGAUGUAAGAAUA